GCUUCAUGUCUCUGAUACUGGCCAGGUCACUUUAAGAAAACCAAAUGGUUGUCCAGAAAUACUUCCUGAAAAAGAUCUGUCAAAGGACAAAUGUAAUGGUAGGUUGUGAAAUUCACUGUAUUACUCUUGUGUCAAAAUUUAGUGUAUGUUAUUCUGAGUUCCCUGUACAGCAAAGAAACUUGGUUACUCUGCUGAUUACCAGAAUGUUAAUGUUAUUGCAGUUAUCUUCUCUCUUCUACUUGUACACCCACCCAUCCAUUAUCUGUAGCCGCUUAUCCUGUACAGGGUCGCAGGCAAGCUGGAGCCUAUCCCAGCUGACUUUGGGCGAGAGGCGGGGUACACCCUGGACAAGUCGCCAGGUCAUCGCAGGGCUGACGCAUGGAAACAACCAACCAUUCACACUCACAUUCACACCUACGGUCAAUUUAGAGUCACCAGUUAACCUAACCUGCAUGUCUUUGGACUGUGGGGGAAACCGGAGUACCCUGAGGAAACCCACGCGGACAUGGGGAGAACAUGCAAACUCCACACAGAAAAGCCCUUGUCGGCUGCUGAACUCGAACCCAGGACCUUCUUGCUGUGAGGCGACAGUGCUAAGGCCAUCCUUAAAAAAAUCCGUUUCCUGUCCACCGGGUUCUCCGUACCAGGACCUGUUUACCAAGUCCCGUCCGAAGUCAAAUCCUCUGUUUCCGAAGUGCUUUAGUCCUAAGCACCUCCUGAGACAGAAGAGUGACGGUUCCCACUGGAACUAUGAAAACGAAGAUAAUUUUGUAGCAUGCCAGGAUCUUACUUCUCGUUCUUCCCAACGCCUCCAGCACCUAGAACGCACUUUAUUAAGUCUCAGGUCUCAGUGUCAUGUACUGCACGGAUCAGGAGGCUGUCUGAGAGGGUGCAUCACAGGACUCUCCACUUCAGGAGAAGCAGAAUUUUAUCACCAUCCUCAGGCAGCAGCCUUUAGCCAGCACUAUGCACAGCUCCAGCACCUUCUGGAACAACGGGCUCAGCUCCUCUUCCUGCAUGAGUAUGGGCGCAGAUGUCGCGCAGCUAGGUGCUUUAUAACACGAUUGGGUGAUGUGCUGGGGAAAGCCUGUCUCUUAGCCAGCAGGGGUCAGAGUUCAAAAGAACAUGAUGACUGUUCCUGGAACCUGGAGCUUAGGGCUAUGUGUGAGGAAUUGCAAGUCCAUAUCAGCCACUGGGACAUGCUACAUGCUCGAGUGCGCGCUGACCCUUUCUUGCGAACUGUUUUCAGUCACACAGAGAUGCUGCAUUCAAUGCAGAGGGGGCUGUGGUUGCUGGGACAGCAAGCCUUGCUGCUGAUGGAGAAUUGCAUGCACACACUGCUUAAAGCGUUAGCUGCUGCUCAGCUGGUGUGUGUACCCAGAGAUGCCUUAGAGGACUUGCUGUCUACUGUAGAGCUAUACAAUCACAUCAUAACAAAACUAAGGUCCCAGAAAAGAGCUGCAGCUUGGAGUUUGCAGAUUUUGUUCACCUCUGAUUGUUCUCAGAUCAACUCCGGCUUGCCCAGGAAACAAAUCAGACCUGGAGCGUUGUUAGUGGUGGAGAUCAUGAGGAUCGUGGCACAGCAUCGAGCUCAGAUUGCAGCCAGGCAACUUUACAGCUGGACAUGCCAGCAGACUGAUCUUCUUUCUCUUGCAGGACAAACCAGCACAAAAUGGGGGGACUUAAGGAAUUGUCUGGAUCUUCUAGUCCCACCUACUUCAGAUCAAUCAAAGUCUAUUCUGGAUGAGACCCCUAAAAAGUCACUCCAUGGUUUUUGGUCUUCCAGUCUGCCCUUGUUUGAUUUUACUUACCAGGAUAGAGAGGACAUUCUGGUAAUUCUCUUUCAAGUCUUAGUCUCCUCAACAGACCUCUUAGCGCCACACAUUCCCAAAAGACCUCAACUGGAAAGAAGUGCCUCUGCAGAGAGUGGCUGUAGAACCAGUGGGCGAGAAGAAAAUCCAAAAAUAUGUCCCUCUCGUAUCCAAAACACUGCUCAGCGGAUGGAUCUGAGCAACAUGGAUGCAUGUGUGGCACUUUUCUCUCAGUACAGGGGAAUGCUAUGGAGGGAAUUUGGCAAAGCAGUUAUCAAGCGUUUUUAUUACCCGUCUCACAACAGUAUUUUGGGUGGUAUGAACCAGUGGAAUGAUCAGAUGGUGUUCCUUCUGGUCAGAUGGCUAAAGCAGGCUUGUAAAGAAGAAUUGGUUCCAGCUGAAUGCAAAGAUGUCUUGAAUAAAUUCUGCUCCCAUAUUUUAUCUACUGCUGCCUUCAUAUAUUGGGAUGCAAUAAUGUGUGAGUCACUGGGUUUAGGAAUGAAGGAUAAGUGCUUACCAAGAGCCAUGAUGGAACCUUGCACUGUGAGAACCGCCACCAUGGAACUUGCACUCCAGCUCUUCCCUCCUCUCCUCUCAGUACUCCAGUUACUGCAAAACCCCCACACAAACUUGGGAGAGAAAGGAACCAGGAGCCUUGGGUUGCUGUGCAGGGCCCAAGCCACUGUUCAGUCCUCUAUUUUCUGGGUUGUGAGUAAAGCCUACCAAUUUCUGGCCUCGUGGUCUCUUACUAAGUUUGUGCUGAUCACACAAGGAGACCUUAAGGCUCUCAGGGAGACAGUGGAGAAUCUAGUGCAGCAGCUGAACCCUGUGCUUGGGAGUACUGAUCAUCAUGAUCAGCAGCAUCUCAUCAUGGAAUAUGGACUGCAACUAUCUCAUGCACUCUCACAACUACAAGCCUUCUCUGAACUUUUCCUGAGAAUCUUUUCGAUGGACUGCAAGAAAAUGUCAAUGGAGAUUUUUGAACAAACAAUGCCAUCAGCAAAACACUGGAGAGUCAACUAUAAAACAGAAUUGCCCAGCACCCCGAGUGAUUAUGCAGCCUUUGCAGUUCAGAGUGUGCUUGGCCAGGUGUUGGAGGGAGUGCAGCCCCUACCGGAUGAAACUCGUAUUCCAGCACUGACAGAAGCUAUGACUGCUUUCAUGGAGGCCUGGAUGGAGCACAUACUCAAACAGAAAAUCAAGUUUAGUGUUCACGGAGCACUGCAGCUGAAGCAGGAUUUUGACCUGAUUCGAGAGUUUAUUCGUUCAGAGAAGUACAGCCUGUCGGAGGAGUUACACCACCGGCUCCUGUCAUUACGUGUCUUUCAUCAAGUGGACCGUGCCAUAGUGUGCCUGCUACAGCAACCUGUGACCAAACCAUACAUGUCCUCUCAAAGAUGGGAGCCUUUCCGACACUGCUGCCCAAACAGGGCCCAGGUGGUGGACGAGGCAGUUGGAAGCCUCAAUAAUCUGGAGACUAUAGAUGUCCAGGCUGCCUGUCACCAGGUCUUAACCCAGGCAGAAGGCUCUGUGAGCCCUGAGCUGAUCUCCACAGCACCACCUGAAUCCUACUUAGCUAUGGCACAGCAGGAGUGGCUGGACCUGCGCAUCCACACUAGUUCCCGCUGGAGGAUCCCUGGUCUGCGUUGUUUCACUAAAUCAGAGUCCUGAAAAACUGAUGCAAAGUGGUAUGUUUACAGUAGUAUCAUUUGUACAGCAAUGCACAUGAAUCCUGUAGUAAUAUGGCAUAUGCACAUGUGUAAAAACAAACUCUUAACUGUGAGAAUGGUUAAAGUGUAAAGAUCACGACUCUGAAUUAUCACUAUGAAGUAUUUUGAGUACAGUCAACUUUUUGUUCAAGAAAUACUUUCUUUUGUAUUAUUUCCAACAUAUGCAGAUUGUCAUGAGUAGACAGCCAUUUUAUGUGAUUAUUCAGUUUAGUAGAUUCAAUACUAGUCUUUUAUAAUACUAGAGUAUGUAUUAAAUUAUAGCUAUUCAUAAUCUAAGUUUAUAAAUGUACAAAAUGCACAGUAUUAGUUUAUUUUAAAUGCCUUUUUGCAUUUUUAUAUUCAGGUUAUAUCAUAACUAAUGGUAUAGAAUAUUUAAUGUAAAAGUGGUACUAACACUAUGUGCUGAGAAACUGCGAUUUUGUGAAUUUUGUUUCUGACUUCAUUGUGUCGUUAAAACCAAAGCAGGUCACAUAUCUGGUGUAUUUGGAUAAGCUGUUAUUUGACUUUUUUUUUUUUUUUUAUAUAUAAUAGGGGGCUUUUUUUAUGUUUUUGAUGUAUUAUGAUGCUUAUAUUUAUGAAUAAGAGAAAUUACCAAGCAUUACUUAAUAUAAGCCAUUCACUGAUUUUUCCAUCAUGGAUUGGAAUAAAAAUGUUUUUUCAUU